CUAUCGCCUCUGCUGUAUGGAGGAGCAUUAUUUUUGCAGAAAUGAAGCUAAUAAAUCAGCAAAGGUGCGAUUUCUUCUGAGACGGAGCUUUCACUGUGGCUUUUGAGAUCCAUUAUUGCUGCUGUGUUUUGUUUUUCUGGGUUGCGUCUAUCACCCGCUAUCUUCAACACAGGAUUGCUCAUCUCUUCGCCACCUUUUGCUUUACCCCGACCAGGAGAAAAGAGAAAACAAAUCUUUCAUCACGAUCAUAUAUUCGAGAGUUGCCAUUGUGAUCGACAUCAAUCGCUGCGCAUGCUUGUAGACGUUGAUAAACAUAGCUCAAGAAACUACUUACCUGUGUAUUCCUUCUGUGAAGUUUUUCAGAACUAGAAGGCGAAGGGGAAGAAAACAGAAUAGAAUAUCAGCCCGUUCUUCUUGUUUUCUGGUUUUGGGAACUAUGAAUCUCUUGAAGAAUUCACCUCGUCACCAUAGUGACAUUGAGGCCGGAAGUAGCAGCCACUGCGAUUAUGACGACGCAGAAAGUUCGUCUGAUCCAUUUGUUAUUCCAAGAACGAAGGAUGCUCCUAUUCAACGCCUCAAACGUUGGAGGCAAGCCGCGCUUGUGCUUAAUGCUUCUCGUCGGUUCCGUUACACAUUGGACUUGAAAAAAGAAGAGGAGAAUCGGCAAAUAUUGGGGAAGAUAAGGGUUCAUGCAGAAGCAAUUAGAGCUGCAUAUCUUUUCAAAGGUGCUGCUAUAAACGGGGGGAAUGAAAUCACACCUCCUCACCCACGCCCAGUUGGUGACUUUGGUAUCGGAAAUGAAGAACUUCUUUCAAUUUCUAGGGAUCAUAAAGUUGAUGUCCUCCAACAAUAUGGUGGGGCUAGAGGGCUAUCAGAAUUGUUGAAAUCUAGUACAGAGAAGGGGAUUAAUGGUGAUGAUGCAGAUCUAAUAAAAAGAAGAAAUGCUUUUGGUUCAAACAAUUAUCCUCGAAAGAAAGGAAGGAGUUUUUGGAUGUUUUUGUGGGAUGCUUGCAAGGAUCUGACCUUGAUGAUAUUAAUGGUAGCUGCGGCAGCUUCAUUAGCACUAGGAAUAAAAACUGAGGGUAUUAAGGAAGGAUGGUAUGAUGGGGGCAGCAUUGCUUUUGCAGUAAUUCUUGUUAUUGUUGUUACAGCUAUAAGCGAUUAUAAACAGUCUCUUCAGUUUCAACAUCUGAAUGACGAGAAGAGAAAUAUACAUUUAGAGGUUAUAAGAGGUGGUAGAAGGGUUGAGAUCUCUAUAUAUGACAUCGUUGUUGGUGAUGUUGUGCCCCUUAAUAUCGGUAACCAGGUCCCUGCCGAUGGUAUCUUGAUCACUGGUCACUCUCUUGCUAUUGAUGAAUCAAGUAUGACUGGGGAGAGCAAGACUGUCUAUAAGGACUCUAAAAACCCUUUUCUGAUGUCUGGAUGUAAAGUUGCAGAUGGCAGUGGCACCAUGCUGGUACUCGGUGUUGGUUUAAAUACUGAAUGGGGGCUUCUGAUGUCUAGUAUUUCAGAAGACAAUGGUGAAGAAACGCCCUUACAGGUACGUUUAAAUGGUGUUGCCACUUUCAUUGGUAUUGUUGGACUCUCUGUUGCUGUUAUCGUUUUGAUUGUGUUGUUGGCCAGAUAUUUCUCUGGGCAUACUAGAGAUGCAAAUGGCAAUGUUGAAUUUAAGGCAGGCAAGACAAAAAUUGGUGAUGCAAUUAAUGGGGCAAUUAAAAUAGUUACAGUUGCGGUGACCAUUGUUGUAGUUGCAGUGCCCGAAGGGCUUCCUCUAGCAGUUACCUUAACACUGGCUUACUCAAUGAGAAAAAUGAUGGCGGACAAAGCUUUGGUGAGGAGGCUUUCAGCCUGUGAGACAAUGGGCUCUGCAACAACCAUUUGUAGUGAUAAGACUGGUACAUUGACCAUGAAUAAGAUGACUGUGGUUAAGGUGUACAGUGGUGGGAAGAAGAUUGGACCUGACAGCAAGUCAGAGCUCUCUCCGAAUCUCUGCAAUUUGAUCACUGAAGGUGUUGCACAGAACACCAAUGGCAGUGUCUCUAUGGUUGGGGGUGAUGUUGAGGUUUCUGGAUCACCAACAGAAAAGGCAAUUUUACAUUGGGGAAUUAAGAUGGGGAUGAAUUUUGAGGCUGUCAGAUCAGAGUCAUCAAUUAUUCAUGUCUUUCCAUUUAAUUCAGAGAAAAAACGUGGUGGAGUUGCAGUAAAGACGUCUGACUCUCAAGUUCACAUACAUUGGAAAGGUGCUGCUGAGAUAGUCCUAGCCUGUUGUACAUGGUAUAUUGAAGCAACCGGCCAGCUAGUGAAGAUGGAUGAUAAGAAGAUGGCAUUUUUUCAAAAAGCUAUUGAAGAUAUGGCUUCUGAUAGUCUACGUUGUGUUGCCAUGGCAUAUAGAUCAUAUGAAAUGACAAGUGUUCCAACUAGUGAAGAAGAACUUGCUCACUGGUCAUUACCAGAGGAUGAUCUCAUCUUACUGGCUAUUGUUGGUCUGAAGGAUCCCUGUCGACCUGGUGUCAGAGAGGCUGUGCAACUUUGCCAAAAAGCUGGAGUUAAGGUACGAAUGGUUACUGGUGACAACUUAGAAACUGCAAAAUCAAUUGCUAUAGAGUGUGGAAUACUUCGAACAUCGGCAGAAGCUGUGGAGCCCUACAUCAUUGAGGGGAAAUCAUUUCGUGCAUUGUCAGAUGAAGCCAGAGAAAAAGUUGCCCAAAAUUUAUUGGUUAUGGGAAGGUCUUCUCCCAAUGACAAGCUUCUGCUUGUGAAAGCAUUGAGGAAGAUGGGGCAUGUUGUGGCUGUUACAGGAGAUGGAACUAAUGAUGCUCCCGCCCUACAUGAGGCAGAUGUAGGUCUUGCAAUGGGCAUACAAGGGACAGAAGUUGCUAAGGAGAGCUCAGAUAUCAUUAUUUUGGACGACAACUUUGCUUCGGUUGUGAAGGUUGUCAGAUGGGGGCGGUCUGUAUAUGCAAACAUUCAGAAAUUUAUCCAGUUCCAACUUACCGUCAAUGUUGCAGCUCUGGUUAUUAAUGUUAUUUCUGCAGUUUCCUCUGGCGAUGUCCCACUAAAUGCAGUACAGCUUCUUUGGGUAAAUCUCAUCAUGGACACACUUGGAGCACUUGCCUUGGCAACUGAACCACCUACGGAUCGUUUGAUGGAUCGAGCUCCAGUAGGUAGAAGUGAACCUCUUAUAACACACCACAUGUGGAGGAAUCUGCUUAUACAGGCAAUAUAUCAAGUGUCUGUUUUGCUUGUACUGACUUUCCAAGGUAGGACUUUAUUGAAUCUGAAGCAUCACGCUGACGCUACCAAAGUGAAGAACACUUUAAUAUUCAAUGCAUUUGUUCUCUGUCAAAUUUUUAAUGAAUUUAAUGCACGAAAGCCAGAUGAAAGGAACAUAUUCAAGGGAGUCACAAAAAACUAUCUCUUCACGGGGAUAGUGGCUUUAACUCUCAUACUUCAGAUUCUCAUCAUUGAAUUCCUGGGGAAGUUCACAUCAACAGUGAGGCUUAAUUGGAAGCAGUGGCUCAUUUGCGUUAUCAUUGGAGUUAUCAGCUGGCCUCUUGCUUUGAUUGGGAAAUUCAUACCCGUGCCAAGGAGUCGCUGUCACGAGUGGUUUUACAAUUGUCUGGGGAUGCAGCCAAGAAAUCGGAAUGGAACCUGAAUUCUCAACGGUCAUCUUUGCAAGUCUUAAUUUUCCGGCUCUUGCACCUUAUUUGUGUUCAAGCCUCAGGGGGUGGCACAAGUACUUCAAUGAUGGAAACAGUAUACUGGUAGCACAGUCGUUUUCCUUUAACUGAUGUGGAGUUGUUUUAGCGUGUAUUUCUACCUUCAAUUCUGGGAUUGUUUUAUGCGUAGGUUCUGACGAGAGUAUACGGAAUUUUAGAAACUUGGUGUUUGUUCAUUGUAUUUUGCCCUUUUUUUUUCCUGGGGUGAUGAAUGUAUUUUCAGUUUGAGAAAAUAUAUAGCAAAAGUAAAAUACACAACAUUAUUCAAUUUCCUUA